AUGAAUUCAGAUACCCCUGCAUUGAAUGCUGAUGGAUCACUGAAGAGCGCAAAAGAUAUGGAAUUGGAUCACUCACCAUCUUCAUCUGUAGCAGCUCUUCCUCGUCCACCUGACCUGCUAUCUGUUCGACCUAUCACCUUUAUUGAGGUACAGCCAGGUGAAUCAUCAUCGAAGGGUAAAAAAAGGUCUGGACUUGACAAUAUUAAUGAUAUUUCCACGAAGAAGAAGCCACACAUCACAACAUCUGUCCAAACCCGGAAGGUUGCACCCAAGGUCAAGGCAACACUGAGGCCUGCAACAGAACACCUUCUCCUGCCUCAACCAUCUGCGGCAGCAAGUGAGACUAUCCUCGGAACCCCACAAGCACCAGCAAAUGCAUCGACAUCCACUGCCACUGAAAGUUCGGCACUCAAUGUCAAUGAAAUAGUCGCAGUGGCCAAGAAAGCACACAAGAAAGGUAAUGUGGUGGCCGAUAUCUCGACAAUAUGCACCCUUGUACCACGAGACGAUGGAAGCAAGCAUGCAUUGAAGAAGAGCAAUCAUGUCAAGUUUGGGAAGCUACAAACAAUGUUCAAGGGUAAUCACUCUACCAUGCGCACUCACAUUGCACGUCAAGGGAUGAGCCAUUACAAUGUAUAUCAAGAGCGACAGAGCUCAAUACUGCAAUAUGCUGAAGUGAAGGAGAAGUCAGUGAAGUGGUCCAAGGAAGGUCUCGAGGAGAAUAUUCUCCAGUUUGUGGUGGAGACAGAUCAGGCGCUAAACAUCACUGAGCAUGCGUCAUUCCGAGGGUUGCUUCAAUAUCAGCACCGAAAGUCUACAGACAAGGACAUACCGAAGCACACAUAUGUCACCACACGCAUCAUUGGCCAUGCAGCUGAAAUCCAGAAAGAGCUUGCCAAGAAACUUCAGGAUGCACCCGGGCGAGUGUCACUGACAUUUGAUGGAUGGACAUCUGCAAUCAUGCGUGCCUACCUUGCGGUGAUAGUCCAUUACAUAACAGAUGACUGGAAGCUAUGGACUGAGUUACUCGCAUUCUCGGAACUUGAGGUGAACAACAAGGGUAUGUGUACACUAGAGGUGCAACUCAAGAACGACAAGAUUGCAUUUGAUGCCAAGGAGCAACGAUCUCAUUGUUUCUCACAUGCUGUAAACCUUGAUGGUGAAGUUGUUGCAGAUGAAGACGAGACCAAAGAUGAUGUUGAGGUCCUAGUGAAGGAGGUUGAAGCCACGAUUGCAGCACUUCCCCCAAAUCUGAAGGGUUCCACGACAAUUGCAGCACUUCUACUCAGCCUCAUCAUUAAGGCUGUGAUCUCAUUUGUUAGUCUCGCUGAUGACUCUGAUGAAGUGCCGAAUGUCGACAAGGACCAGCGAGGCUAUAGCUACUACAGGCUGUUAAGUGAGGACUGGAAUCAUGUCCAGUUGAUCACCGAAGUCCUUCAUGCUGCCUCACUGGUUCAAGAGCUGUUCUCAUCGGAGACAGUCCCAUGUGUAUGGCGCAUUCUCUCAGGCUAUGAGAAGUUUAUUGUGACAUGGCAAGAAAUGGCCAAGCGUGCAGACAUGUAUGCCCUCAAGGAGGCUAUUCUCAUUGGUGUUAUAACACUUGAGAAGUACUACAACAAAACGGAUAAUUCCUCGGCACAUAUUGUGAAGCUGUAUCUCAAUCCAUGUAUCAAGAAUGAGUAUUUCAUUGCUUUCUGGGAUAGCGACGGUCAAGUGCAUGCCCAGACAGUGAUGGAAGCAGUUUUUGAUAAAUAUAGUGUGAAGCAUGUCUCAUUGAAUCGAUCCUCAGCAUCUCAGGGGACAAUUGUCGUACCAGUACCUGCUAGCCGUAGCUAUGGUAGCUCAUGGCUUGCAACAGCGACAGCAGGCAGACGGGCGCAUGAGAAGGACAUGGUUCGAGAUCCCCGUGCAGAGCUAAAACAGUAUCUGGAUGAGGACCUACUCUCCUUAGAGGGUGGGAACCUCACCGGGAUUCCCCAGUGGUGGAAGGUUAACGGCACUCAUUUUCCGAUCCUCAGCUCCAUGGCAUGGGAUUACCUUGCAAUCCAGGGUUCUUCAGUGCCUUUGUUGCAGCAGGAUGAUACCUCCGACGUUUGA